AUGGACACCAGUAAAGAUAAGAACAUGUCCAAGAAUUUUCAAAAAAGAACAUUAAAAUGUGCCAAUCAAGCGGAAAUACUUCGGUCUCAUCAAAGGGAUUUAGAUUUUGUAUUACAAUUGCAAGAAAAGCUUUCCGACAUAUUGCAUGAUUUUAAGAAUUACAGAAAUCUAUCUCGGUAUUUAAUUUCUGAUAUAUCAGCUAAACUGAUAUAUUUUGUUUUCACAACCGGAAUGGGUAAUCAAACUUUAGGAGAAGAGUAUACCGGAAUUGUUCAGGCUGAUAUUAAAGCAUACAGAAUUCCAUCUUUGAGUGCAAGGAUUAUGGCUGUGAUACUAGAAUAUUUUGGGGAAAGAACGUUGUUAAGAGGAUUGGGUCUAUUACAAAGAUACGUUAAUGAUUCUGGUAAUCAAUUAACAGAACAGUCGGUUAAAUUAUUCAAUUUGAUUUUAUCAAGAUUACAGUCAAUAAUACCUCUACUCAUAUUAAUUCAUAAAAGUAUCUUUUAUAUCUCUGGUAGAUAUUACAGUUUAAGUAAAAGAUUAACUAAAAUAGAUUAUGCAAAGGUUUACGGUACUCCAUCGGCUGAUAAAAUUAGCUGGGCGGAGGAAUAA